AUGGAAGAAGAGCAGAAAUGUACCUAUUGUGACCAGACAUGUGGCAUUAAAUGUGAAGACUGUGGAAAGUACUUUUGCAACGGACGAAUACUUAAUCAUUCGUUUAGUCAAAUACUGUUCCAUUUGAAGUGCCAACACCACAAAAAUGUUUCACUCAAAGGUGAGAUAAUCAAAUGUUCCAAAUGUGGCGAUUCAAACAUAUUUAACCUGAAAUGCAAUGUGUUGAAAGAAAUUUUUUGUCACGUCUGUCUCAGAAAUGACACAGUCGUUCCUGAAAUCGAAAAACCCGCCUAUGAAUUUUCUCUUGUUGGAGAAACUAAGUUGAGUCAACACUAUUUUGGAGAAGAUGAAGAGGGGAGUGAUGUCGACAAAAAGGAAGUGAGAGCAAUAGAAAACGUUGUGUAUGGUGAUUGGGAUGGAACACAAAUUGCCAACUAUUACAAAGACACAGAAGAGUAUCAACUCACAUACGACUAUUUGAUAGAACAAGAAGACGAAGUUGAUGAUAAAAGAAAUGUAAUAGAAGACUGUUACAAAUCAACAGAAACACUUUUCACUAAUUGGCAAAAUACUCAGCCACUGAAACGACUCAAAAUGUUCAAAAUGUGCAACGUACAAGGGGUGGACAAAUGGUAUGUACAACUGAAGUUGUGGGAAAAGAAAACUUUUAUAAAAAAGAAUAUGGUUGUGGUUUUUACGUUUGGUGGACCAGCUGGACUUGUCAAUGAAACCAAUUUUGAGUCGUUUGAAAAUCAUGACGAUGAAAAUGAGCUUAUCAGACUUACAGAAAAAGUUGAUCAUUUUGCCAUUUCAACUGUCGUCAGAAUUAGUCAAGACUCUGUUGAGAUGUAUGUGAAAGAAAAUUUGUUCAAAUCAAAAGUGUUGAAAGAGAAGACAAAAAUGACUGAGGAACUAGCCAAAAGUAAAUUAAUCAGAAUUUACUUUAUUUGCCAUUCACAACAAACAACCAGAAUUAGGUUUAACGAGUUUGUAGAACAAGAAGAAGGAACAGAAAAGAUGUCUCUAAUUCUUGGAAAUGACAAUCCAGGAAAAAAAUCAGAAGAUGAUAUAUACCAAUCAAAAGACAUUUACUCCAAAAAGACUAAAUUAAAUGAGACGCAAAAAAAUGCAGUUUUAAAUGCAAUGAAUAAUCCAAUAAGUGUUGUCAUAGGUCCACCAGGUACUGGUAAAACCAAAUGUGCGGCUGUAGCUACAAUAUCUUAUUUAGAAGCUUUAAAAAGAGAAGAUGAUAAUAGUGGAAGAGCACACUCUACCAGAAGAGCGCUUUGUGUUGCUUCUUCAAAUUCUGCAACCGAAGUAUUUGCAAAUUACUGUUCAGAAGAAGACCUUACUGUUGUCAGAAUUAUUCCAUAUGACUCAAUUGGAGAUAUGACCAAAGAUGUGGUGGAUAAAUCUAUCUACCAACGUGCUUUAGACUAUGCAAAAGAAUUGAAUGGUGAUGUGACUGUAAAACCAAAACCCUUUAAAGUCUCAGAAGUCAAACUGAUUCAACAAGUACAUCCCAAACCCCUAAAACCAACUCCCAUUGUAAAGAAAGUUGAAAUCGAGAAAGACUCCGAAAUGCAAGAAGUUGCUCCUUCAAAACCAAAGCCCAAAGCUAAAACCCAAACACACAAAGGUGUAUCAAAGAUUGAUGAUAAAAAAGAUGAUAUACGACAUCAAAUUGUCCCAAGUGUUCCCCAGUUUAAAAGUGAUCCCCAUCCCAAGAAACAUCCAAAAUCCACGAAAGAACAUCAACCCCCAGCAAUAGUUCAACAAUUGGAAUUUAUUCUAGAAAGGUCUAAUUGGGGAGACUACGAUAACCAACGAAAAAUUGAUUCUUACAGGAAAUCAAUUGAUGGGUUUGUUGAAACUCAUUUGAUGGAGAUCAUUGGAGACGCUGACUGUGUAUGUGCGACAAGUAAUAUGAUCAUGUCAAGGAAACUUGAUGGACUCAAAUUUGAUCUGUCUGUCUUGGACGAAGCAGGACAAGUACUUGAACCGCAGAGCUUUGUUACUCUUUGUCGUGGACAAAAAAGUAUUUUACUUGGUGACUUACAACAAUUAACUGCGGUAGUCAAGAGUGAAGCAGGUAAAAAGGCCAAAUACGACAAAUCAGCCAUGGAACGGUUUAUUCGAAUGGGUAAUGUACCCGUCACCAAUUUAAAUCAACAAUAUAGAAUGGACAGAGGGAUGCACGACUUUUGUAGUUCAAUGUUUUACAAUGGAGAACUGCAAUACGCUAAAAGGGAUGUUAAGCAAGAUGAAAAAACACUCGAAGUGUUGGGAAAUAUUUUCGAACAAGACGAGAAGAAGUGUUUUCCACUCAUCUUCAUCAAUCACAAAGGCACGGAAUCGUCUUCGGAACAAAACAUGAGUCUUUUCAAUGAAGAGGAACAUAUGAUUGUGUUGGGACUCCUUGAAAAAAUGACAAAAGAAAUACAUGUGAGUGAAGAAAACAUAGCAGUGAUCACACCAUAUUUUAGACAGAAGUCAUUGAUCCAACAACGACAAGUAACAAAAGUGAGAAUUGAAACUAUUGAUGGGUUUCAAGGUAACGAAAAAGACUUUGUGUUUGUCUCGACUGUGAGGUGCAACAAAAAAGGUGGCCCUGGAUUUAUGGGUAAUUACCAUCGAGUCAAUGUUAGCUUGACAAGAGCAAGAAAAGUGUGUGUUGUUGUGGGUAAUAAAAAAACUCUUAAAAGAGCAGAAGUCUGGAGACGCUUCUUUAACUAUAUUGCCAAAAAUGAUUCAUACUACGUAUGGGAAAACAAAAGGUUGAGACACAAAAGUAUUAAAGUAAAUGAUAAAGACGAGUAUACUAAAUUCAGUGGAAGAAAGGCUUAG